UCGGCCCAAAAGAACUAGAAAUUAGACUAGGUGGGGCUAUAACAAGUAGUGUAUAGGUACACGGUCUUAUACUACAUGAUUACCCAGCAUAAUCAUCACCUAGACAAAUAUCUUUGGUACCACCCAUGAGUAGCAGUAUCACAAUAUGCAGUCAACAAUGAGCAGCACAUAGGAGGUAGAACUCUGGAUUGAGGAGGGACAGUUGAGAGCAGCAAGGGGAAGAAUCUUAUAUACUUCAAGAGGUUACAUGUGUAUCAGAUCAGGUGACCGUACUAAAAACAGCCAAAACUAAUCGAAACAAGGGAUUGACAGGUCCUCGCUUUACAUAUAAAAACAAUGGGAUUUCCUGAGCCUCACAUUUACUUACCGCAAAGUUUGCAUACGCACACAGUCAUCUUGCUUCAUGGCCGCGGGAGUAAUGGACCUGAAUUCGCCGAGGAGCUCUUCUCCUCCAUGACCUCCAAGGGCCACAAUUUGGCCUCGUGCCUCCCGAGCUGGCGUUGGGUAUUUCCCACUUCUCGCGAUCGUUGGAGUGACAGAUUCCAGGAAGAAAUGUGUGCCUGGUUUGAUGCAUACUCCUUGGAUGACAUCCAUGAACGACAGGAUUUGCAGAUUGCCGGUUUGAGGGAGUCGGUCACCCACAUCUUGGGCAUCCUGAACCACGAAAUAGGAAUCCUCGGUGGGAAUACCAGCCAUGUUUACCUUGGAGGUAUCAGUCAGGGGAUGGCAACCGCCAUAUGGACAUUGUUCUGUGCCACCAACCAGAUCCAUCAGCCACUUGGUGGCUUUGUAGGGUUUUGCGGCUGGCUACCAUUUGCACGGCAGGUGGAAGAUCUGGUUCAAGGAUCACAGGAAAGCCAUGUUGUCGACCCUUCCAGCAAACAACUGACACAACGUUCGGUAUCUGGUUUCUUUCUCAAUACCAUCUCCGGUUCCAAGAUAUCGCAGACAAUUGAAACCAUCGACGCUUCAAUCUUAUUAACGCCUGUAUUUUUGAGCCACGGAAGCGACGACGCGUGGGUGCCCGUGGACCUGGGUCGACAAGCAGCUCGAGUCUUACAGCAGAUGCAAAUCCCUGUUCAGUGGCAUGAGUUCAAUGGGGCAGAGGGUGACGGCCAUUGGGUCAAAGAGCCCGAGGGGUUUGACCAGAUUCUUCACUUUCUCGAGGAAUGCCGCAGUCACACUUAGGCAAGACGCCACUUGUGCGACGAGACAUGCUACACGGUCCUCAUAGACAUAAAAGGACGAAAUGAUACCACUGCUAUAUGUCAGUAAUACAAGAAGCCUGUAUAGAUGUCACACGUUAUGUUCCAGCAUUCCGAGCCACUUGUGAUAGCUUCGAGACUUGGGUUUAUCCUUCAAUCAUCAGGUCAGCGUUACUAUACUAGUAAUAUCAAUAAAGGUUGCAGUUAGAACAGAUCCCUGCUGUAUGGAAAAGAAUGACGCGCUUUGUAGAAUCCCACGAUGCCACAUGGGAGUCUAACUACAAUUCGAAAAUGAAAGCACGUCCCGUCCUAGUCUCUAAAUGGCGAACUUCUUCUCGAGACUAGUAAUUAGUAAACAGCACAUGCAUUCAAAAAACGAACGCUCGAUUCCACUUCAAAAUCUUCUAGAUCCCAUCCACCAAAUGACCCAUAAAAACCCCACUUACAUAGGAAAACUGCCCUAGUUAGCGUCUCUCCUAGUCCGCAAAGCACGCACCUGAAUAUUAGUACACAUUAGGUAAACAGCGAUCCGUGGAAGGGCCGGUUAUCCAGCCGUAGGGGAAUGAAUUGACCACUCUGAUUGGUGGGGAAGCACUGACGAUCUCGGAGAUUGGCCCUCACGAGUCACAACACGACGAGCAUCAGGUGCCGGAUUUCCGAUGCAAUUACUAGGAAGAGUAAAAACUCUACGACGAUGGGAGGAUACUGG